GAUGGGCACCAUGACAACGUGAUUAAUGCUAGAGCUAUAUUCUACUUCUACACCGACCACGCAGAACCCUUGUGAAGCAGUUAGCGCGAAUCAAACGCUAGCGUUCACACUACCGGUACAAAAACGCGGCCGCCUGGACCAAACUCAACUCCCUCCGCAUCAUCCAGUCACCAACCUCCUUUGCCGACUCCGCGGGGCGCACGUAUCCACGACGGUUAGUUGCUGCACUCCUGCUUGAGUCCCCCUCAAGAUCGGCAGCAGCAUGGCACGCGAAACCCAUCUCGGGGACGCCGACGUCUCCUCGUCCAAGGCCAAGGACCCCGACGCCUACGGUGAUGGCGACGGCAACAAGCUGUCCCUGGUGCCGCUCAUCUUCCUCAUCUUCUUCGAAGUCGCGGGGGGGCCCUACGGCGCCGAGCCGGCUGUGCAGUCCGCGGGGCCCCUCUACGCGCUGCUCGGCUUCCUCAUCUUCCCCUUUGUCUGGGCCAUCCCGGAGGCGCUCGUCACCGCAGAGCUCUCCACUGCCAUGCCGGGCAACGGCGGCUUCGUCCUCUGGGCUGACCACGCCUUCGGGCCCUUGUCGGGCUCCCUCAUGGGCACAUGGAAGUAUGUCUCCGGCGCCAUCAACGGCGCCGCGUUCCCGGCGCUCUGCGCCGACUACCUCGCCCGCGUCGUCCCCGCCGUCGCCGGCGGAGGGCCGCGCGUCGCCACCAUCGUGACCUUCAAUGUGGCGCUCUCCUUCCUCAACUACACGGGCCUCACCGUCGUGGGAUGGACCGCCGUCGGGCUGGGCCUCGGCUCGCUCUCGCCCUUCUUGCUCAUGUCCGGCAUCGCGCUACCCAAGAUCCGACCGCACCGCUGGGGCAGCGUCGCCGCCGAGAAGGACUGGAAGCUCUUCUUCAACACGCUGUUCUGGAACCUCAACUACUGGGACAGCGUCAGCACCAUGGCCGGCGAGGUGGACCGGCCGGGCAAGACGCUCCCCAAGGCGCUGGUGUCCGCCGUGUCCAUAACAUCACUCGGGUACCUGCUGCCGCUCAUGGCCGCCACCGGCGCCAUCAACGCGCCGCCGGAGAACUGGGGGAACGGAUUCUUCGCCGACGCCGCAGGCAUGAUCGCCGGCAAGUGGCUCAAGUACUGGAUCGAGGUGGGCGCGGUGUUGUCGUCCAUCGGCCUCUACUCCGCGACGCUGAGCAGCGCGGCGUUCCAGCUGCUGGGCAUGGCGGAGCUGGGCCUCCUCCCGCGCGCCUUCGCGGUGCGUGCCCCGGUCUUCAACACCCCUUGGAUCAGCAUCGUGGCCACCAGCGCCAUCACCCUGGGCAUGUCCUUCUUCAGCUUCAACAACAUCGUGGCCGCCGCCAACUUCCUCUACAGCCUCGGCAUGCUCCUCGAGUUCGCCGCCUUCAUCUGGCUCCGAAUCAAGCGCCCGGACUUGUCCCGGCCCUACCGCGUCCCGACGAGCCUCCCGGGCGCUGUGGCCCUGUGCCUCGUGCCCUCGGCGUUCCUCGUCUUCGUCAUGGCCAUCGCCGGGUGGAAGGUGUACGCCAUCAGCGCCACGUUCACCGCUGCCGGCGUCGGGGUGUACUAUCUCAUGCGGUUCUGCAAGGCCAGAGGGUGCCUUCGACGAGGGGAUAGCGUACCAGCACCAGGACAGUAGAAAUGGCAAUGUUUGAUGAUCAUGAUGGGAUUGCGAGGUUGACACCUUUUGUUUUGGUGCAGUUCUGCUAUGACAUGUUUCAAGCUGUAUCCUUGUAUUAUGUUCCAAAUGCAAAUGCAUAGGAAUUGCUAGGGUCUUAGAUGCAUCCUCGUGUUUCACUAUUUGA